CUCCUCUUCUCUCUCCUCUCAUUCUUCAACCUCACCUCUCGUCUUUUGCCCCUCGCCCCUCACCCACGCCUCGCCGUCGCCACCAUGACACAAGAACGAGACGCCUUCGCCCUCCCCGCGGCCCAGCUCGAGCUGCCCUUCAGCAUCCUCGACACGGACCUGUACAAGCUCACAAUGCAGAACGCGGUCCUGCAGCACUUCCCUGACGCCCACGUCGUGGUCAAGUUCACGAACCGCGCACCGCAGAUGCGCUUCACCCGCGAAUGCUUUGACUGGAUCCAGGCGCGCGUGAACCACCUCGGCACACUGCGCCUCACCGCCGAGGAGCGCCGCCGCCUCGCUGCCGCCUGCCCCUACUUUCCCGAGUCCUACCUCGACUUCCUGGCCAACCUCACGCUCCACCCCGCUGAGCAGGUCAAGCUGAGAUUCCACCCACACGACGACGGCACGGGCGAGAUCAGCUGCCACAUCGAAGGCUUGUGGCGCGAGUGCAUCCUCUACGAGGUGCCAAUUAUGGCCAUCAUCUCCGAGGGCUACUUCAAGUUUGUCGAUGUGGACUGGAGCGCCGAGGGGCAGUUUGAACUUGCCAAGGCGAAGGCCCUCGCCCUCCUCUCCCCACCAGCGGGUGUCACGCCCCUCGUCUUCUCUGAAUUCGGGACGCGCCGGCGCCGCUCGUUCGCCGUGCACGACGAGGUGAUGCGCGGCCUCAUCGCCGGCGCCGAGGAGCACGCGGCAGCGGGCGGCGGCGGCGCGCUGAGCGGCACGAGCAACGUCUUCCUCGCACUGAAAUACGGCGUGCCGCCGAGCGGGACGAUCGCGCACGAGUGGAUCAUGGCGAUCGGCGCGACGGGCGGUUACGCGCACGCGAAUGCGCGCGCCAUGGACAUGUGGACCGAGGUGUACCCGCCGUCCCCGGCCGGCCCGCCCCUCAUCAUGCUCACGGACACGUACACGGCUGCGGUGUUCUUCGCGGACUUUGUCGCAGACCCCGAGCGCGCGGCGCAGUGGAACGCGCUGCGGCAAGACUCGGGUGACCCGUUCGAGUUCGUGCGCGAGGCCAAGGUCGCGUGGGAGGAGGUGCACCGCCUUACGCGAGGACAGGGGGGCGCGCUGGAGGGCAAGCGCGUCGUCUUCUCCGACUCGCUUGAUGUGCAGCGCGCGAUCGAGCUGCAGCGCGGGUGCGAUGAGAUCGGGCUCGCGGCGGCGUUUGGGAUCGGCACACACUUUACAAACGACUUCCGCAAGGCCUCGGACCCCAGCAUGCCGUCCAAGGCGCUCAACAUGGUCAUCAAGCUCAGCGUGAUCGACGGGCGCGACUGCGUCAAGCUGUCCGACGACAGGGGCAAGCACACGGGUGUGCCCGCCGAAGUGGAGCGCGCGCAGCGCGAGCUCGGCUUGAUCUGAUAUAGAGGGCUACAGACGAGACGUGCGGACCAGAAUACUGCUGCAUGCAAUGAUGAGGGGUUG